AUGUCGCAGCAGCAGCAGCAGCAGCGAGAGGUGUCGCCAGUACUUGAUCGGUCCAGCCGUCAGGAUGAGAUCCCUUCACCAGCAACACCACCACAUCUCCAGAACCUUCCCUCUUUAUCGCACCUCCUCAGUAAUCAGCAACAGCACGAAAGCAUCCAAGCAUACAUUGCCGCCACCACAUCCGGUUCAUCAUCUUUUCAACAUCAUAAUGAAUCCGACUAUAGCCAAGAGUACCACAUGUUUAGCGAAGAGGAAGAAGAGAGAGAUGAGAUGGCCGAGUUUGAACCUGGGUUCAAGUUCCACGAAAGCGAGAAUGAGAACGAGAACAAGAACGAAAAGUUUGUUCCGACUGUUAUUGUGCCAAAGAAAUGGUGGAUGUCAGUGGAUUGGAAACGCACUUUGCGGUUUGUCGGACUAUACAUGGCGCUGCCUUUUGUAACAGGCGUGAUGGCCGGGAUGGGCGAGAUUUUUGCCAACGAGGCUAUGUACCGAUGGGGAUGGCGCGGAGCCAGACCCAUUCAGGUCAAGGGCCGCAAUAACCAAAAGUUUCCAGUAAUAACAGAAAAAUAA